UUAUUUUUUUUUUUUUUCGUGAGUGUGUGUGUGUGUGUGUGUGUGCUUCUUCUUCUCGUAGGAGUCCCUUUGGCGCUUCUUGCACACCAUCCCUCCAGAGCACCUUACACACUAUAGCCCCACACAGUGAUUGACUAAGUGAGCGAGUGAGCGUGCUCGACGGCCGAACGGUGAAAAAUCACGCACUGGCCACCGCUUCCGAGCCGACCAGUUGCUGCCGUCGCACGCUACUGCGAAAAAAAAAAGAGAUCUAACAAAUAAACAUCAUACACAAUAAAAAAAAAAAAAAAAGAGAGAAUCGAGUUCCGCCUCUCUUUUUUUUUGUGUGUGUGUGUAUGUUGCCCUCCUUCUUCGGUCAACAGUGUCUAAUUAACUGGACAACAGAUUGUCCUUCAAGUGUUAAACGUGACUUGGCCUAAAAAAAAAAAAAAGAAAGAAAACAGCCGGCGGGAUUUUUGAGUGCAGGAAUUAUUUGUUCGUUAAUACAAAAAGAAUUUCUUUUUUUUCAAGACGACGACCGACGCCAUCACAACCAUUUCCUCUCCAAUAGUUAAAGUCGAGAUGAAGGAGAAGAGCAAGAACGCGGCGCGCUCCCGACGGGAGAAGGAGAACGCCGAGUUCAUGGAAUUGGCUAAAAUGUUGCCGCUACCGUCGGCCAUCACGUCGCAGCUGGACAAAGCGUCCGUCAUCCGGUUGACGACAUCCUACCUAAAAAUGAGACAGGUCUUUCCCGAUGGUCUGGGAGAUGCAUGGGGAUCGGCUCCAUUGUGCAACAAUCCUCGAGAAACUUGCAUUAAAGAACUCGGCUCUCAUUUACUUCAGACCCUGGACGGUUUCAUUUUCGUCGUGGCUCCCGACGGCAAAAUCAUGUACAUCUCGGAAACGGCUUCCGUUCACCUGGGCUUGAGUCAGGUGGAGUUGACUGGAAAUUCCAUUUACGAGUACAUCCAUCCAGCCGAUCACGAAGAGAUGACGUCCGUCCUGACCGUUCAUCCCACCGUCUCUGGCUCCGUCGUUCAAGAAUUUGAAGUGGAAAGAGCUUUCUUCGUUCGGAUGAAGUGCGUUUUAGCCAAAAGGAACGCCGGACUCACAACUGGAGGUUACAAGGUGAUUCACUGCUCGGGAUAUUUGAAAGUUCGUCCCUACCCAGUAGCAAAUGGCGAUUCGGUUUACGCAACAACAGCCGACGGUAGUGGAACGAGCAGCAAUGGCGGUGUCGGAUUUCAGAAUAUGGGAUUGGUGGCUGUCGGCCAUUCGCUUCCGCCGUCGGCCAUUACGGAAUUGAAACUUCAUUCCAACAUGUUCAUGUUCCGAGCAUCGCUCGAUCUUCGACUCAUCUUCUUAGACGCCCGAGUCGCCCAUCUGACCGGUUACGAACCUCAAGACCUCAUCGAAAAAACGCUCUAUCAAUACAUCCACGUUGGCGAUCUGCUCCACAUGCGGUUCGCUCAUCACACCCUUUUGUUCAAGGGUCAAGUGACAACCAAAUACUACCGAUUCCUGACCAGAGACGGCGGAUGGGUCUGGAUGCAAUCGUACGCAACCAUUGUUCACAACAGCCGAUCGUCACGACCGCAUUGCAUCGUCGCCGUCAAUUAUGUCCUCAGCGAUGUCGAGGCGCAAUCACUCCAAUUGUCAACAGAGCAAAUGGCUACUGCGUCGGCUGCUAGUUCAACCUAUUUAAACACGUCGGGAACAGAUGUAGCGUGCUCUUCUUCCACGGAAAAUGGACAUAUGGUCAGUUCUUCUUCUUCACCGUCUUCGGUGGCUUCGGCAGCCGUAACAGCCGUAAUAUCCGCACCAGUUUCACGGACUGGUAAAACCAGGCCGGCUAGAAAAACCAAGCCUAGAGUGUCUCCCUAUCCGGUGAGUCCGACGAUAACGGCGGCCGUAGCAACCACCAGUGGUGGAAGUAUCGUUGCCGAACCGGUACAACUGAAUCCGCUGCCUCCACCACUGCAAGAUGAAUACAGCAAUCCGAUGAUGGAUUACCGGUACGUUAACGAUGGAUUACCUUCGACGGGCAAUCAUCAGCAGUACCUGACGUCGACCAUGUACUCGGCCUACAACAGCAACGAAGUCCAACUCUACAAUUACGGGCCGAAUGGGGUGGCUGAAGCUGCUACCGGAAGUGGUAGCAACCACUCUGGGGGUGAUCUUUACAAUCCUUACUACGAGACGGACAAUAUGGCGGCCUAUCCCGGCUCGGCCACUCUACGGCACUACACUAAUUUAGGCGAAGGUGAAGCAAUGGAAGCUGCCGGAAGUGAUAUGUACAGUAGCAGCGAGAAUUCACCCGAGAGUCACCAACGAUUGAUGCAGCAUCAUCAGCAUCAGCAGCAAAUCCAGCACGUCCAUCACCAACAAUUGCUGCCCUCCUCCAGAUUAUCACCUGUUUCACCGGCAACAUCGGGCGAGGAUCCCCAUCAGCAAUACCAACACCACCACCAUCAUCAUCACCAACAGCAGCAGCUUCAACAGCAGCAAAUGCAGGGCGUUCUUCACCAACACCAUCCGGCCGGAAUCAGCGUCAUCAGCAACAGUCACGGCCAUCAGCAGCACCAACACCACCAACAACAUCAACACCACCUCCACCAGCACCAGCAACAACACCACAAUACACCGGAUGACGACUCCACCCAACAGUCGCAAACGUUAAAUGGGAGUUCGAAUUGCAGUCUGCCUCCCCCGCCGGCCUACAACAACAACAGUAACAGCAGCAACAAUAGCAGUUAUGGUGAUAAUUACCAGACCAAUGGUGGAACAUCCAGCAGCAAUUAUCACGAUCAGACGGGACGAAUUUACAGCGGUGUUUACACGGCGAGUAGCGUCAUUGGUGCCACAGAUCCCGUCAUUGGAGCUGAAGGCCUAGUCUCUUCAGCUUCUCUCGUGACUGCCCAGCCGCCCGGUUAUACGAGCGUUAUCGUUGAUGCCACUCACCAGUACCAUCACCAUCAUCACCAUGUUGUCCACCAUCCAAUGGCCCUAGCCACCGAUUUCCCAGUUCACUAACUGAGGCCAUAGUUUUGUUUUCUGUUGAAUAGCACAACUCAUUUUCUCAACAUAUCUUUUAUGUUUCUUUUACAUAAUUCCUACCCCACCUAAAACACCUCUCUCCCCGAUGCCUUGCCCGUCAUAUUUUACAUCGUUUGAAAUGUUCUUAUUAUUAUCGGCCAUUUUUAAUGCAUUAGAUUUCGAAACCCACCAAAGGUCUGAUUCGCUCACCUUAAAUGUAUUUUAAAAAAGUAAAAAAAAAAAAUUAAUUUCUAUGUUUCUAUUAUAUUACUACACACAUACAGGUGUUUGCGUGUCACACUGUUACUUCUAUAGGUCAAUCAUCUCUUACGUUGUUUCAUUUGAUCUGUCUCCUUAUUGCCACGUCUCCCCACUAUUUGUACAUAUUACAAGAAACACACACGUUCGCUGCAAUACAAUCUAGGGAAAAACAGCAAAAUGA